AUGGGUCUCGUCUCAGGUGCUCUGAAAUGGUGGGAGGAGUGGCAGCUGCGUAUCCUGGUGCUCAGCAGCCUAUGUGUGCAGUUCUUCCUCUACUUCUCCAUGUGGGUGCGUCGAGUCCCCGGCCUACGCAGGCUGAGGGUGGUGGUGUGGAUGGCGUACAUAGGAGGCGACGCCCUGGCAAUCUACGCCCUUGCCACCCUCUUCAACCGCCAUAAGCAGUGGACGACGGAUGCGGUGGGUGAGAGCAGCAGCGACCUGGAGGUGAUAUGGGCGCCUGUUCUUCUCAUCCACCUGGGUGGCCACGUGACAUUGAGCGCCUACUGCCUGGAGGACAACGAGUUGUGGCUACGACAUGUCAUAACUCUGGUAUCUCAGGUCACCGUCGCCCUGUACGUCUUCUGCAAGUGGUGGUCCGGCGAGUUGAGGCUGCUGCUGGCGGCAGUUAUGCUCUUCGUCUUCGGCAUCCUCAAAUUUGGUCUCAAGCCAUGGACCCUCAGAAGAGCUAGCUAUAGUCAGAUGCUCGCUUCCACCUAUGUGUCCCUACCAAGAGACGGGGGGAAAAGAAGUCGUGAUGGAGCAACAGUGGACAGCCCCCCUUUCCCUUGA